GUCUUACUUCACAGAGGGGUUGUGCCAGGGUAUAUAAAGUCCGUGCUGUUGCCCCCUGUUUUGUCAUCACACAAGAUCAGGCAAAAUGCAAGGUCUUACUCUUGUCGUCCUCGCUGUUGUUGCAGUGGUCGUUGUGCUUCCAUCUGCAUCGUCGGAAAAGAUUGCGUAUUCGUGUGGGACACAGGCAACUCGCUACACAACCAGCUGUGGGUGGUUUGGAUGGCAGCGCUGUGCGAGAUACAGGUCUUCUCCACGGACGUGUUAUAAAAUGCGGCCAGUGAACGGUGGAUGGUCAGGCUAUGGCUCAUGGUCAGCAUACAGCACGUGCACAAAAACAUGUGGAGGAGGAACCAUGUCGAGAUUUCGUACACGCUCGUGCACCAAUCCGAGUCCUGCUUAUCUUGGGGCCAGAUGUUCUGGCUCAGAGCGCGCUACACAGACCACCAGCUGCAACACACACAACUGUCCAAUUGACGGAGGCUGGAGCGUCUACAGUAUGUGGACACCCUACAGCGCAUGCUCAGUGAGUUGUGGAGGAGGCAGCCAAUCACGAUCCAGAACAAGGUCAUGCACAAACCCAAGCCCAGCAUAUGGCGGCAGUCAGUGUGUAGGGGAGGCAGCUGACACCUACAGCAGAGACUGCAACACCCACCCAUGUCCAAUUGAUGGUGGAUGGAGUGACUACAGCGCGUGGACAGUGUACAGCACGUGCACAGUUACAUGUGGAGGGGGAUCUCAGUUCAGGACCAGAGACAGGACGUGCACCAACCCUGCCCCAGCCCACGGAGGUCGGGACUGUGACGGUGAUACCAGGGACAGAUCUGAGAGGGACUGUAACACUCAUCCCUGCCCAAUUGACGGUGGCUGGACUGACUGGGAAGAGUGGCAGGAUAUGGACGAGUGCAGUGUCAAGUGUGGUGGCGGAUACAAGGACCAGGACCGCGCCAGGACCUGUACCAACCCAAGCCCGGCCUUCGGUGGAGCCGACUGUGAUGGAGAGAGCUACCAGAACCAGACCAUCGACUGUAACACCGAGGAGUGUGGAGCUGACGGUGGCUGGACUGACUGGGAAGAGUGGCAGGAUAUGGAUGAGUGCAGUGUCCUGUGUGGUGGCGGAUACAAGGACCAGGACCGCUCCAGGACCUGUACCAACCCAAGCCCGGCCUUUGGUGGUGCCGACUGUGACGGAGAGAGCUACCAGAACCAGACCAUCGACUGUAACACCGAGGAGUGUGGAGAUCGUUGUCGAGACGAUGGCGCCUUCCUUGCCCAUGCCACCGAUGAGAAGCGCUUCUACCAGUGCAGCAAUGGCAGGGCCCUCCGCCAGCAGUGUUCAGAAGGUACCGUGUAUGACUCCGAGAAUUCCAUCUGCAACUACGCUGCCACCACAGCAGCUCCCAAGACGGCCGAGUCCUGUCCCGACAGCGGUGUCGUCAUGAUCGCCCACGAGACUGACUGCACCAGAUACUACAUGUGCUCCAACGGCAACAAGUACGACAUGGCCUGUCCAGCCACCACCCAUUUUGAUGUCUCCUUGAAGGUCUGCACCCACGGAACAUGUUAGAAUCAAGAUCAAUUCAGCCCCGUAAAGACAACUUAACUACAUCUCACUCUGACUCUUUAUCUAGACGUAAAGCGCUGCUGUUUCUUAUAUCUUAUUAAUAAAUCAUCUCUUGCAUGUU